AGCCGUUUGGAAAUACCCCCUGGCCGUUUGGAAAUGCCCCCUAGCCGUUUGGAAAUACCCCCUGGCCGUUUGGAAAUACCCCCUGGCCGUUUGGAAAUACCCCCUAGCCGUUUGGAAAUACCCCCUAGCCGUUUGGAAAUACCCCCUGGCCGUUUGGAAAUACCCCCUGGCCGUUUGGAAAUACCCCCUAGCCGUUUGGAAAUACCCCCUGGCCGUUUGGAAAUACCCCCUGGCCGUUUGGAAAUACCCCCUAGCCGUUUGGAAAUACCCCCUGGCAGUUUGGAAAUACCCCCUAGCCGUUUGGAAAUACCCCCUGGCCGUUUGGAAAUACCCCCUGGCCGUUUGGAAAUACCCCCUUGCCGUUUGGAAAUACCCCCUGGCUGA